AUGGUAGCCGAUGAGGAGAGUGGCUUUAAGAACGGUUCUGGAAUAGAGGAGGGUGGCUUUAAGAACGGUUCUGGAAUAGAGGAGAGUGGCUUUAAGAACGGUUCUGGAAUAGAGGAGAGUGGCCUUAAGAACGGUUCUGGAAUAGAGGAGGGUGGCUUUAAGAACGGUUCUGGAAUAGAGGAGAGUGGCUUUAAGAACGGUUCUGGAAUAGAGGAGGGUGGCUUUAAGAACGAGUCUGGAAUAGAGGAGGGUGGCUUUAAGAACGAGUCUGGAAUAGAGGAGGGUGGCUUUAAGAACGGCUCUGGAAUAGAGGAGGGUGGCUUUAAGAACGAGUCUGGAAUUCGACUUCUUGAACGGAUCGCUUGA